AUGAUCCACGACACCUCUGCCGACUAUGAGAAGGUGACCACGCCAAACCUUGAGCCACGUCGUAGCACUAUUAUUAGUGACACCAACCAGAAGCAAGAUAUCGCUAUUGAAGAUGAAGAGGAAGACUCUUACUCCAAGAAACCUCUUCAGGAGAAGAUCAUCUGGGGUAUCAUCUACGGCACCGCGUCGCUGGCCGCACUGUACUUCUUCAUGGUGGCUGUCAAGCUUAUCGGAGAUGGUUUCACACUAGCACUCGGAUGUGACACCAAGGGUGCCUUCGACUUCGCUGACAACCCCGUGGCUGGUUUGAUGAUCGGUACCAUUGCCACCGCUCUGCUCCACAGUUCGGGUACGGUGACGUCUAUCGUCGUGGCUCUUGUGGGCUCUGGUGGUAUGACGAUUCGUCAGGGUGUGUAUGUCAUCAUGGGUGCCAACAUCGGUACGUGCAUCACGUGCAUCAUGGUGGCGUUCGGCCAGGUCGGAGACCGUGCUCGUUUCCAGCGUGCCAUGGCUGCCGCAACGGUCCACGACAUGUACAACCUGUGGUCAGUGUUCGUCCUGUUCCCCCUGGAAGUGCUCUUCCAUCCGCUUGAGGAGCUGUCGAUAGCCAUGUCCAAUGCUCAGACUGACAGUGGUGCGUUCUCAAGCCCUGUCGACACAAUCGUGAAGCCGCUCGCGAAGGAGCUUCUGGUCGUGGACAAGGACUCCAUCUACGAUGUCGCUACUGGUGAUUUAGUGUGCGAACCCGGUCAGACAUUCGUCACCGGAGGCGCGUUCGAGGGUUCCAGUUUGAGUGACGGAAGCAUCGGUGCCAUUGUGGUCGUGAUCGGCUUCUGUAUCCUAGUCUGCUCUCUGCUGACGUUGGUGAAGAUGCUAGCCAAGGUUUUCAUGGGCCCCACCAAGCGUCUCAUUUCCAAGCUGCUGAACUACAACGGCUACAUCAACAUCCUGGUCGGAACGAUGAUCACAUUCGUUGUUCACUCGUCGACAGUCGUCACGUCCACCCUUACUCCGUUGGCAGGUCUGGGUGUUGUCUCACUGGAGCAGGUGUACCCCUUGGUGAUCGGAGCCAACCUCGGAACGACGGGCACAGCGCUACUUGCAGCAUUGGUGACGGGUAAGUCCGACUCGGUGGCUAUUGCCCUCGUGCACUUCUGGUUCAACGUGUUCGGUAUCCUUCUCUUCUACCCGAUCCCGAUUACCCGUAAGCCCAUUUUGGGCUGGGCACGUUCUCUGGCUUUCUCCAGUGCUGCGUGGCCGAUGACUGCUAUAAUCUUCCUCAUGAUCCUCUUCCUGGUUGCACCUGGUAUCCUGCUUGGACUGGUGUACAUGUGUACCGCCGACAGCACCGCGGUGGAGGUGAUUGGAUACAUCGUGGGUGCCAUCGUGGUGGUGGCGCUGGUGUGGACUAUUUUCUGGUACCAGAAGAAGGGCGGUCGAACGGUGUGGCACGCGUUUUUGGAGAAGAAACGUAUGGAGCGUGAAGCCCAGGAGGCUCGCGAUUCUGCCAGGUCGCACACCCAGUCGAACCUUCCUCACCAUGCGGUCUAA